AGAUGAACGAUGUGGAACGCGCGUCGAGCGUGGGCGGGGGCGCGAGCGGGGAGUGCAGCUGCCGCGACCGCAGCGCCGCGCCCGCCGCCUCGCUGGCCGUGCUGCAGGAGGUGCACCGCGCCUACAGGGCUCGCCUCGAGGCCAUCGAGAAGAAAGGCGGCAAGAAGAAGCUCGAGUUACAAGUGGAAGCGCUGCGUGCAUGGGUGGGCGACCUGGUGGGCCAGAACACGCUGCUGGCGCAGGCGGUCGAGGAGCUCGAGCGGGAUGCGACAUCGCGUCUCCUUAUUGAACGCACCAGACACUCAGAGAUCGAGGCGGAGCUCCGUGUCGAGGUGUCGGGGCUGCGGCGGCGGCUGGCGCGGAAGGAUUCCGACCUUCGCGGGCUGGUGGAGGUGUUACGGCGGCUGCGGGAGUUCGACUACUGCACGCUCGAUGGGAUACACUUCUUUGAGGUCACCGAAUCCGAUAUAUUUGGAUCUAUGCUAUGGUGAGCGCUCGAUGAAUACAAGGCAUUUUACCGAGACUCACCAGUCUGAUAUAGUUGGAUCUUGUUACUGCGAGAUAAGCCUACAAAUAUUUAUUUGAAUUGCUGGAAUUCAUAAUUGUGAAUUUGCCAAACGGAAUUAAUACUACCAAAUGAAUCAGAUAAUUCUUAAAUAA